AUGGAGCUCCCCCGGCAGCGGCUGCUGGUGGUCAGCGAGGAGCUGGACGAGGCCGAGCUGGCGGCUCUGAAGUUCCUCAGCCUGGAGCACGUCCCCAUGAGGAAGCUGGAAGCCAUCCAGAAGGCACAGGACUUCUUCGAAGCGCUGCAGGAGAAAGGCAUGAUCGAGGCGGGGAACCUGUCCUUCCUGCGGGAGCUGCUCUACCGGAUCAAUCGGAUGGACCUCCUGGCUGCCCAGCUGGGCUCCAGCCGAGAGGAGAUGGAGAGAGAGCUUCAGAUCCCGGGCAGGGCACGGGUGUCGGCCUACAGAUACCUGCUCUUUCAGCUGUCAGAAGACAUCACCGAAGAUGAGCUGAAGUCUUUCAAGUUUCUUUUGGGGAAAGAAUUACCAAAAUGCAGGCUAAACCCUAAGACUACAAUGCUCGACGUUUUCACUGAGAUGGAGAAGAAGGGGAUUUUGGGAGAAGACAACCUAAGUAUCCUGAAGACUCUCUGUGCAGAAAUUAACAUCAGCCUGUUGAAGAGAAUCGAAGAGUAUGAAUUAAACUUAUUUGGUGAAGAAGAGAUGCUCAUCACAGAGGAACAGAGGGGCAGCACAGGAGGCCCUGAAGCCCAUACCAGGUGGCUGGCAUCAUCAGUUGCACCUGAUUCUACUGGCAGUUGGAAGGAAUCUUCCCAGCUUGAAGCUUACAAAAUGACUAGCCGACCCCGUGGAGUAUGCCUGAUCCUGAAUAAUCACAAUUUUGCAAAAGCCAGGGAAGCAGUGCCAGAACCCAAAAACAUGAAGGAUAGGAAUGGGACAGACGUGGAUGCAGCGGCUCUGAGAAGAGUCUUUAGCAAGCUUCAUUUUACAAUAGCAGAAUAUAGAGACCUUACAGCAGAAGAAAUCCGUGAGACUGUGAACAUCUACCGGCGCGAAGACCACAAGAACAAAGACUGUUUUGUUUGCUGUAUCCUGUCUCAUGGGAAAAAAGGCAUUAUAUAUGGUGUUGAUGGGCAGGAAGUACCUAUCCAGGAACUGACCACUUCUUUCACUGGACAGAAUUGCCACUCACUUGCUGGAAAACCAAAAGUAUUUUUUGUUCAAGCCUGCCAAGGCGAUGCUUGCCAGAAAGGUGUGACCAUCGAAACAGAUUCUGGACAGCAAGAUUCUUCUGUAGAAACAGAUGCAAGAUUUCAGCUCGACUGCAUCCCCGCAGAGGCAGACUUCCUCUUGGGCAUGGCUACCCUGCAAGAUUACGUUUCCUACAGAAGCCCAAGGCAGGGGACCUGGUACAUACAGGCAUUGUGCCAGCACUUGGAGUAUAGCUGUCCUCGAGGAGAAGAUAUUCUCACCAUCCUGACAGCAGUGAAUCAAGAGGUGAGCAGGAAGAGUUGCAAGCCGAAUGCAGAGAAGCAGAUGCCACAGCCCAGUUUCACACUGAGGAAAAAGCUCAUCUUUCCUGUCAACUAAAUGGGAGGGAACUGCAUGGCAGAGGGAGCUGCUGCAGCAGCCUGGAAUUGGCUGGUAUCAGCUAAGAAUUUGGUAAAACAUAACAGACUUUCAGUGUCUGCUCUUACCACAAGAGCAAAUGUUUUUAUUGAAAAUACAGCCAAGGAGAAAAAGGCUUAAAAAAUUAGUGUUAAUAUGUAUGACAUUUUAUACUUGAGAGUAUCUCUGAGCUGGUCUCCAUAUUGUGGUUUGCUAGCUAAAAUAUGCUCAGUGUCCUCUAUCAGGUGUACUACAGUGCUGUUGCUUUAGUAAGGUAUCUUUCCAAUGCAAAUUUUAAGACAACUUUUAUGAAGCCUUGUGUAUUUUAUGCCUAACUUUUUUGCAAAAUAAAGGGGAGGAGGACUGCUGCAAAUUUUAUAGGA